UCCAUACCAGUAUGUGGCGGUAAUGCUACUUAAAGUUUGUUGUCAGCCGCCAAUAAACUCAAGAAGAAGAAGAAGAAGAAGAAGAAGAAGACUCUACAGCGCACCACAGUGGGCAGGUCUGGUCUCCGCCUCUCUGUGCGUUGCUGACACUACACCACGCCGUGCUUCUUCCACUCAGCACUUACUGAAGCUGCAGCGAUGUUUUCCUGCAGAGCGGCCUGGCAGAGGUGUGGGCCUCUGGCUCGGACAGCGGCCUACAGGCUGCCACUGGACGGUGUGCAGCGGCGGCCCAUGUCGUCAGUCCCUGGAGGCUCUGGGCAGAACAUCCUGUACACGGUGCUGUGUGGUGGAGUUCUGGUCGGCACUCUGUCAUAUGGAUAUAAGACUGUGACCUCAGAUCGCGAUCGGUAUAAUGACCGCAUAAGUCAACUCAGAGCCAGACCCAAGGCUGAAUGGACCCCUAAACCCUGGCCACCUAAAGGCAAAGAUACAGAUGAAGACGGAGAGGCUGACGCUGGGGAAGAGGAAGCUGCUGCUACUGCUGCUGAUGAGGCAGAAACCAUAGUGGAGGAAGCAGCUGAGGUGGUUGCAGAGGCCGCCGAGGCAGUUUCAGAGGCCGCCGAGGCAGUCGCCCAGGUGGCACAGGAAGUGGAGGCAGCUGCAGAGGAAGUAGCCAAAGUGGCUGAGGCAGUGGAAGAGGCUGCUCAGGCUGUGGCCGAACCUGCCGCUGUCAGCGCAGAGGAGACGCAAAGCGAUGUGCCACUAGCAGCUGCCUCUGCAUUAGAGUUACUGAAGAAAGCCGAAGGAAAAGAUGACUUUGCAUCCAACGAUCAAGAACCCCUACCACCAGAAGUGGAAACACCUGCUGAAAAAGUGACCCCUACUGUUACAGAGGUCUCGACAUCAGAUGGAGAUACUUCAGUCAAAGCUAUAGCAGUUAGUGAGAUUGUUGCACCAGAGGAAGAUGGAAAAGUUUCUGGAACUGUAGAAGUAUCACCAGCCACAGAGUCUCCUAUACCACUAGAGGUAGUGUCAAUAGAAGAAUCAGCAGAAGUUUCGCCAGUUGCUGAGGUGCUCCCUACACCAGCAGAGGUUGCACCAGUUGUUGAGGAGGUCCCUGUACCCAUAGAGGUUUCAGCAGUUGCCGUGGAGGCCCCUCCAACCAUUGAGGUUGCAGCAGUUGUCGAGGAGACUUUGACACCAGCAGAAGUUGCACCAGUUGUUGAGGAGGUCCCUGUACCCAUAGAGUUUUCAGCAGUUGUUGAGGAGGCUCCUGUAGCUAUAGAAGUUGCAUCAAUUGUCGAUGAGGCUCCUGCACUUGUAGAGGUUGCGCCAGUUGUUGAAGAGACUUUAACACCAGCAGAGGUUGCUGCAAUUGUUGAGGAUACUCUUGUACCCGUAGAAGUUGCACCAGUUGUCGAGGAGGCCCCUGCACCCAUAGAGGUUGAGGUAGUUGCCAUGGAGGCCCAUGCACCCAUAGAGACUGCAGCAGUUGUCGAGAAGACUUUGAUACCAGCAGAGGUUGCGCCAAUUGUUGAGGAGACUUCAAAACUACCAGAGGUUGAGGCAGUUGUUGAGGAGGCCCCUGUAGCCAUAGAAGUUGCACCAGUUGUCGAUGAGGGCCCUGCACUCGUAGAGGUUGUGUCAGUUGUUGAGGAGACUUUGACACCAGCAGAGGUUGCACCGGUUGUCGAGGAGGCCCCUGCACCCACAGAGGUUGCUCCAGUCAUGCAGGAAACUCCAGCACGAGUAGAUUCUAGCAAAGAAUACAUUGUUGUUGUCCUGGAAGGAACACCCAAAGAAGAGAAAAGACUCAAGGUCCUAGGAGUUGGCCCUAUGACCGGUAGAAUCAUCCCUGCUCCAGAAGAUGACAGUACCCCUGCCUCUGAGUAAAGCACUCCUAAAUGAUGAUUUUCAGUCCUCCACUAGAAGACGGAGGAUGUGCCUUUCUCCUGCACUUCAUCCUUCAGCUCUGAAAUACAAAGGGAGUAACUGGUUACGCAUUACUGACAUGGUACAGUGUUUAGAUCACCAGCUGCUUUAUUGAGCCCACAUAGCCCAUUACUGUGAAACGUCACAUGUGUAACAGUUGCAUUGUAGCCAGAUUGUUUUGGGAAUAUGGUUUUUGUUGUGUUGUUAGGAACACUUAUUGUCUCCUCUGUGAACUACAAUCUGUUUACAGCUUUUGACUAAACUGAGCCUUUCAAACAUCCCAAAGCUUUUAUUGUUACACGUUAAAGCUUUAACGACCACUCCAGUGGAAUAUGUUGACAUUGAGCAUCUCCAAACAUUGCCCCGCCGCCACAGUAUUAGCUCUCACAGCGAGGAGCGUUCAGAUCCACCAGCAUCACGUUAUAGAAACCAGCCUCAGGCUUUUUUCUCUGGUGCUUCUGGUUCCAUGUGGAAUCACUCUGACUGUACUUUAUGUUUAUGAACAAACACAUGAACCCAUGAGUAUGACCUUCUACCUCACUGUUUUCCCUCAUGUUCAUCAUUUUAAAACAAACCCUUACAGCUCUGUGCAAUCCAAUCAGUGUUAGGUUUCUUGCUCUGCAACAUAGCACUUAAACCAUUACCUUCACAAUGGUCCCAUUAAAUUGUAAUGGGGUCAUUUUUAAAAACACUCCAAGGAAGUUAUAUGAAAAAAGAAUAAUCAGCACCAGGUACCUGAUGUUAUAGACAUAGAUUAAGAUUGAAAAAGGAAACCAGUAAGGGAACUGUAACUAUAGUCAGUAUCAUCUCUAAUUUAAACAUAUUGGAAUCAUCAUUGAAUCACUGAGUUAAAUGGGGAAAUAAAGCAGCAUCCUGUUCUUUCACUCUUUGUGUUUCUAUCCUGUCUUGUUUUUCUAUUUUUCUAGAGUUAACCCUGUAUUUAAGUGGACCUUAAAGGCUUCCAGCAUGUACAAACAUGUGACAAACUGUAUGUUAAGGGAUUGUGAUUUUUAAUGUGUCAAUGUUUCAGUAUGUCUGAAAGAAGGCCUCCAGUGUGAAAAGCUUUGACAACUCUGUUGUGGUUUUCCUUCCUUCAGAUUUUUCUUCCUCUUUGUGAAUUUCUUUAUUUCAUAGGGCAGCAGGGAUCACUGAAGCUGAACUGAUAGAAUAGAUGUUUUUAAAUGGGAUGUUACACACUGUCCUCUAUGCUUUCAGUUGGCUUUCUCUAUUAGACUCUAAAUGGUUGCCAUUAAAUAGCAGAUACUGUGAAAAUGUACUCUUGUUUUUCAAAAUAAAGAAUUUGAAAACAGAA